AUGCGGAAUUCCACCGCUGAUUACGCUCAAGGUCAAUUUGAUCAUCAAUUCCCUUUCCAGCCGCCCACAUCAUCAUCAACUCCUAGUUUAUCUGGUACAGAAGUAGAAAAUAUACAUCAAAUUAAUUGUUUUUUUGAAAAUCCCACAAGUUUAAUACGUUUCUGUCAUGGUAGUUUGAUCAAUGUGACAAUUCUAUUGGGUAUAUUCGAUUGUUCCAAUGGUUUACCAUUAAUUGGUGUGAUUAAUCAACCAUUCUAUUUAAAUAAUAUGAAUAGUGAUAGUAAUCAUAAUCAUAAUAAUAGUAAUAAUAAUAUCUCAAAUGAUGAAAUAAAUUCACCAUAUAAUUAUGGACGAAUUAUUUGGGGUUACAAUUUCAUUGAUACUGAAAAUUCUUCAACAACAAAUCAUAUGAUUUAUGCCAAUAAUUCAUCUACAUACAUUCACUUAGAUCACGAACUAGAUAAUUUAAAUUUUCCAAAACAAUUACGUUUUCCAAAUCAUUUCUUUGAUUGUCUAUGUCCAGAUCGUGUAUUUAGUGAUGAGAAACCAAUUUUGAAAGUUGCUUGUAGUUCAAUGGAAUUUAGUCGUUUAACUAAUUUAUUUCAUGACUAUAAAGAUACCAAUCAGAAUUUAGUCAAUGUUGUUUUCUUAUCCUCAUCCGGCGCGGGUUUCAAACAAUUAUGCUUAAUCUUAGAUGAAGUGGACGCAUUUAUUUUAAUGGAACCAACUACAUUUCUAUGGGAUACAUGUGGACCACAUACUAUUAUGAAUUCAUUCGGUGGUGGUAUAAUUCAAUUGAAAUAUGCAUUAAAUUCCGUUAAAGCAUUAAUUCAAAAACAAAAUAAUAUUCCAAUUAAUUUAGACAGCAUCAUUCAAUGGACAUUGAAUGAUUUGAAUAAAUUUCAAAUUAAAUAUAAUUCAUUGAAAACAAUGGAAGAGAUUCAAACACUCAAUUCAAUGAAUCUUGCCAAUUGUUGUAAUCGUGAUGGUUUAUUAGCUUAUCGUAAUCCAUUGAUAGCUAGUCAAAUACUUGUUCAUAUUGCAUUGAAUCAAAAUUAAUUUUUCAUACUAAUCACAUAGACAAACAAACAAACAAAUCAAUAACUCACUCAUUCACUCACUAACUCACUAACUAACACUAGUAUUGAUCUGUUUCUGUCAACUCAACAAAAACAGACACACAUACACACAUCCUAGAUUACACGUACACAUACAGACAUACAGUAAAGACAAUAAGUUCCAUACACCAAACUGUGAUAUUCAAUGACUUCAUGUUAUUUUUCCUCUACUAUCCAUAUUAGAAAGAAAGAACUGAUGACAAUUUAUUGAUCAUGAGUAAAUAUAUAAUAUAUCAGUGAAUACACUUUUUUGUUCAUACAUUUCCAUGGUCAAAUAGAUACUUUCAUUACAUAUUCAAAUACUAAGACACUAAAAGGCAACGACAGAAAAGAACCUAAACUUUCUCCAUUCACGUGUUUCUAAUGGAUACUAUUGUAAUCACUGGAUGAACAAAUAUUCAGUCAAUCAGUCAACCAAUCAAUCAAUAUUUUACCAAUGUAUCAUCAACAUUUUCUACUCUGAGGUCAUGUAUUGAUUUUUCUUAUUGGUUACUUUUGAAUUCUCUUACUAAUAUAAUGAUUGAAUUUGAG